AAACUGCUCAAAGUUACUCUCUCUCUCAAUAGUUAUUUAUUUUGUGCUUUGAUCUUAGCUUGCAUGGAUAGUCAGGUACGUAUCAACGGAAUUAGUCCAGAACCAGACAUCGAAACUGUUGAGUGUGAGUCGGGUGUUGUGGAGGAAAGGAGGAGUUUAGCGUACUUGACAUGGGAAGAGCUUAGAGUAGUUGUUUCAAGCUCAGAGUGGAAUGCAGGGAAAGGUAGAUGUAAAUCUUUACUUUCUGGUGUCUCUGGUUAUGCUAAACCUGGAGAGAUUGUUGCGAUUAUGGGUCCAUCUGGUUGUGGCAAAUCCACUCUCCUUGAUUCAUUGGCUGGGCGUUUGGCGUCCAAUACAAGGCACACUGGACGAGUUCUAAUUAACGGACGUAAACAGAGGCUUACCUAUGGCACUUUGGCAUAUAUGACUCAAGAACAAGUUUUAAUGUGGACGCUAACCGUGAAAGAAGCCGUGUACUAUUCAGCUGAACUCCAACUGCCUAAGCUGAUGCCAAGAUCCGAGAAGAGGGAGAGAGCAGAUAGAACUAUAAGGGAGAUGGGGCUCCAAGAUUGUGUGAAUACUAGAAUAGGAGGUUGGGGUUUUAAAGCACUUAGUGGUGGCCAAAAGAGGCGUGUAAGCAUCUGUUUAGAACUCUUGACACACCCCAAACUUCUCCUGCUUGAUGAGCCUACGAGUGGUCUUGAUAGCGCAACUUCAUACCAUGUCAUGAACCAGAUUGUCAAGCUCACUCGACAAUACCAGAUGACGGUUUUAGCAACAAUCCAUCAACCUAGUAGUCAAGUUUUUGGACUCUUUGACAAUCUUUGUCUUCUCUCUAUGGGGAAAACAAUAUACUUUGGUCCUACUUUGGCUGCAAAUCAGUUCUUUGCAGUAAAUGGUUUUCCGUGCCCAGAUCUCCAGAGUCCUGCAGAUCACUACCUUAUGACUAUCAACGUAGAUUUUGAUGAGGAAACUGUUAGUGGAGAGGUUCCUGAUGAGCACAUAAUCAACGCACUCGCUGAAUCCUACAUGUCAUCUGAGAUGUAUAUGCAAGUGAAAAGUGAAAUAUUCACCAUAUGUGGAGAGGAAGGAGAACUAAUUCAGCGAGAAGGAAGCCUAGAAGCCAAUUUCAUCAAACAGUGCUCGGUAUUAUCGCAAAGAUCAUUUAUAAACAUGUACCGUGAUCCAGGAUACUACUGGUUGCGCCUUGGUGUAUAUAUUGGGUUGGGUUUUUCACUAGGAACAGUCUUUUUCCAAAUUGGUUUGGGAUUUGGCUCCAUAUAUGAUAGGGUUUCACUGAUCAUGUUUGUUUCUACAUUCCUGACCAUUUUAGCCAUCGGCGGGUUCCCCUCCUUUGUGGAGGAAAUGAAGGUCUUUCAAUGGGGAAAGAUUAGAUGGGCACUACACGGUUGGAUCAUUCGUUAUCAGCCAUCUACCAUUGUUCCAAAUUUUCUUAUGGGCAUCAUAUCCGGUGCUGGAAUCCAAGGAUUGAUGAUACUAGGGGCAGGGUUCUUUCGAUUGCCAAAUGAUUUACCCCAUGUUUUCUGGAGAUACCCUAUGUACUAUAUUUCGUUCCAUAGGUAUGUAUUACAAGGAUUAUGCAAAAAUGAGUUUGAAGGGCUAAAGUUCCCUGAGUACUCAGGAGGUCCUCCUACAAUUGAUGGUGAGAUGAUAUUGAAGACUUCAUUGCAAAUCGAGAUGCGAUACUCUAAGUGGAUUGACCUUGGAAUCUUGUUUGGUAUGGUUGUUGCAUACAGAGUAAUACUCUUUUAUACUAUUAAAAUAAUAGAGAGAAUGAGGCCUAUUAUUAAAGAUUUUAUGUUGUGUUCUAUUUUUGGAAACUAUUAUUAG